UGGGGAGGGAUUGGGGGGAUUAAUGCUUGUAUGGAAAUUAAGAGUCGCUCUCAGGUUGUAUGCAAGAGGCCCAGGUUGAGUAAAUGUGUGCGGAGAAAGCCGUCUCGAUUGGGAGUUUCAAAUUUACAAAUUCGUAGGUACUCGCUGCUGCUUUGAUUAAAAGGCGAGGCAAAGCAAUUGAGAAAGAAAAGCAGAAAGGUUUAAAGUAACCUGUCCAUGACUCGGAGGAAGGUGCUACGGUGUUAUUCACCCCUCUUUUGACAAGUGUGCCGACGAUACGGGGAGAGCGAAUGGCAGCGGCAAUAUGGGACAUGGACACGAAACCCUUUCCUUGGAAACGUGUUGGCUGAAUUCGCGGAAACUCUUCAGCAAUCCACAGAAAACUCCGUGACUUGAUACCCGUAUCUGUUUGGACAUCGUGUCUUCUGAUGAAUGCAUAAAUGUCAGUAAACCACCAAAACAUCAACAUUUCGAGAAGGGAAGGUGAAGCGCUUUUAUCUGUUGUAGUGGACUGUGCACCUCCGCGACUGCGCUUUUUUUGGUAGGGAUUAAGAAAAGCUUGAGCCUCACUGGACCCCCAGCAUAGCGGAUUGGAUUUUAGCUCAGACAUUGUGUGAUUUUUAUUUUUUUUUUUUUAUGAAAGUAUAUUUGCCUGCUGAUCAAUUAAAUACGGAGCGACUCUCGUGCCAUCGGACAGGGUGCCUGUCCCUUGCUGCAAUAGAACCGCCUGGCCCCGGCUCUGUCUUUUACAUGCGCUGGAUCGUGAACCCCCUAUGGUGAAGCUGCCACCGACAGAUGGAUUUCCCGCGGACCGGCUUCCCGGACGCCGGGGGGCGACACGGACUCAAUCCGGAGAGUCCAGUCAGCAGCUCCCUGAGCUCCAGAGUCCUCUCGGCGGCCAACCCGCUUUGGACUGCCGCGUUUGACUACGAAGCCAGCGGUGAGGAUGAACUCAGCCUGAGGCGGGGGGACGUCGUGGAGGUGCUCUCCAAAGAUGCUGCUAUCUCCGGAGACGAGGGAUGGUGGACUGGAAAGAUCCGUCACCGUGUUGGCAUAUUCCCUUCCAAUUACGUGACUUAUCAGCCGGCUAUCUACCACAGGCUCUCACCCCGGUUAGAUGCACCUGAUGGCGACGGGGGAGGCCGUAGCUCACCGGUGCAGAUCAGCUUUACCGAACUCUUCCUAGAGGAGGUCAUCGGGGUAGGCGGCUUUGGUAAAGUUUACAAAGGUACGUGGCGAGAACAGGAGGUGGCCGUGAAGGCAGCCCGCCAGGAUCCCGACGAGGACAUCACCGCGACGGCCGAGAGCGUGAGGCAAGAGGCGAAACUCUUCUCCAUGCUCCGCCACCCUAACAUCAUCAAACUAGAAGGAGUGUGCCUUACUGAACCCAACCUGUGCCUUGUGAUGGAAUAUGCCCGAGGUGGAACUUUGAAUCGGGCUUUGACUGGUCGCAGGAUACCACCUCACAUCUUGGUGGACUGGGCAGUGCAGAUUGCCAGGGGCAUGCAAUACCUGCACGAAGAUGCGGUUGUUCCUAUCAUACACAGGGACCUCAAAUCUAGCAAUAUACUGUUACUUGAAACAAUUGAGAAUGAUGACAUUGGAAAAAAAACAUUAAAAAUCACAGAUUUUGGCUUAGCCAGAGAAUGGCACAAGACCACAAAAAUGAGUGCUGCAGGUACAUAUUCUUGGAUGGCUCCAGAAGUUAUCAAAUCUUCACUCUUUUCUAAAGGAAGUGAUGUGUGGAGCUAUGGGGUCUUGCUUUGGGAGCUUCUGACAGGAGAAGUGCCUUACCGUGGAAUUGAUGGCCUUGCAGUUGCUUAUGGAGUAGCUGUCAACAAGUUAACACUUCCUAUUCCAUCCACCUGCCCGGAACAGUUUGCCAAACUCAUGGAAGAGUGCUGGGAUCAGGACCCACACAUUCGACCAUCCUUUUCCACCAUACUGGAGCAGCUCACUGCUAUUGAAGAAGCUGUUAUGGCUAAGAUGCCCCAGGAAUCGUUUCAUUCCAUGCAGGAAGACUGGAAAGUGGAAAUAAAGGAAAUGUUUGAUGAGAUUAGAACUAAAGAGAAGGAGCUGCGAUCAAGGGAGGAGGAGCUGACCAGGGCUGCACUUCAACAGAAGUCUCAUGAGGAACUCCUGAAAAGACGUGAGCAGCAGUUAGUAGAAAGAGAGAUUGAUGUUCUAGAAAGAGAGCUUAACAUUCUCAUCUUCCAGCUAAACAAGGACAAGCCCAAUGUGAAAAAAAGAAAGGGCAAAUUUAAACGGAGUCGAUUAAAACUGAAAGAUGGCAACCGUAUUAGUUUACCUUCAGAUUUCCAGCACAAAAUCACUGUUCAAGCUUCUCCAACAAUGGAUAAAAGAAGAAGCUUAAAUAGUAAUAGCUCUAGUCCACCAAGCAGUCCUACUCUCAUUCCUCGUCUUAGAGCAAUACAAUUGAGUUCAAAAGCUGAUAAUACCAUUGUCAGUGGCCAGAGGAACAGUAUAUAUGUGUACCAUCAAGAUGUGGAUAUUACAAGUGAAUGCAAAUCUACCAGUGAUAUUAGGAAAAAAGUAACUGUGGAUGAAAGCAAUAGAACAUGGGGACGAAGUACACUUUACAAGCCAGAAGAAUUUGAAGAUGUCCGAAAAGGCUUUAAAAAGAAAGGCCGCACGUGGGGACCAAGUUCUGUUCAAACAAAAGAACGGGGCAAUUGUGUUGAAAGGAUCAGACCAUUAUCAGAUGGCAACAAUCCCUGGUCUACAAGUUUAAUGAAAAACCAGAAACAAGUUCCAUUAGCUGCACUUUUUACUGAUCAGGUGAUUUUUCCAGAUGAUACUUGUUCAACAGAAGGCCUUGACAAUGGCAGACCAAAGCAACUGAAGUUCCCUAAUCAGGUAUACAUUGAUCUACCUCUUUGGAAAGAUGAUCAGACAGAUUCUGUGGUGGCUGGAGAAAGCUUGGAGGAUGUCUCUCCAGCCAGCUCUGCCAACAGCACUCCUCAAAUCACUCCAACCAAUAGUUUGAAGCGUGCUACACUGCGGAAAAAAACAGACAGUGUACUUUAUGGUUGUGCCAUGCUUCUUGCCUCAGUUGGACUGGGAUUUGAUAUCAGAGAGCUCAACAAGCCCCAGGUCAGUGACGAGUUAGAGGUUAAAGAAGAGAAAGAGAAGAAGAAGAAGGAGGGCAUAUUCCAGAGAGCCACAAGGUUCCGUCGUAGCACAAGCCCUCCUAACAGAAUGACUAUGAAAAAAGAUGAUAAUAUUCUACCUUCACUAGGCCCUGCUCCUAGCUCUGUCAACCUGCUCUCAAUGUCUUCCAUAUCUGAAUGCAAUUCCACAAAGUGUUUGAUUCAUACGGAGUGUGAAGAAGGGAGCCUUUACAGAUCCAUGCUGAAUGUUGGUAUGCUUCCUGAAAAUGACAAGAGUGAUGAAAGCCAGCAGAUUAAUUCGGUCUUAGCCAUGGAGUUCCAUGACAGAGAUUCCUCUAAUACGCCAGAUCGGAAUUUCUGUUUAAAACAAGAUGCACAAUGUGAGAUAAGACCAAUGUCAGUAGGAAGCAGGAUUCACAAAAAAAUUAGUGGUCCAUCCAGCCCUGAGAGUGACCCAUCACUGUCUCCAUCUGUCCCAUAUCCUGAAAUUGAUUCCUCAACAUCUUAUUUGAAUAAAGACCUCCACAAAGACAUAACUCCAGAAAAGCAUAUUUUACCUGACUAUGCUUCCAGGCCUCGUCCUCAGUCUCUUAAAAGCAAGGCCAGCUCAUGGCAGUUUACUAGAGGCCGCAUCAAAAGUUCCUCCACAGGACCAUAUGCAGGAGAAACAACUGCACAGAACUUAAAUCUGUUAAUUGCAUCUGAAGGAAAGACUGGCUGCCAUGUUGUUCCUGGAUCAUGUUCUUUACUUGAUAUCGAUAUGGAAGGGGAGAAAAGAGACUGCACUGUUCCUCUUUGUAGAAUUCAAAGCAAGCCUGGCAGACCCACAGUGUAUGAACUUGAAAAGGAGUUUUUGUCUUAAAAAGCAGUGUCUUAUAAAUGCUUAUGUAGUAUGACAACCUUUCUUAUUAAAGUAAUAAAUUCUGCAAAACUGGAAGCAUUAUCUGCUAGCAGAGAGGAGUCAGAAAUGUUUGUAAAUUUAAAUGCUACUUGUUAAUUUAUAUUUCUAACUGUGGUUUAAAAUAAGAGACUUGAAGCCAUAGGGUAUCCAAUUGAGUUUAAAGGAAUAUGUAUUGUUUAACUGCAAAUUUUUACAUAUCGAUAACAAAAUUUUAAAUUUGCAAUGAACCUGUUUUGGAUUUUUCCAUUUUAGAAAAUGGAAGAACUAUUUUUUCCUUAAUAUUUUUAUUGAUCACAUUUGAUUCUAGCAAUGUCACUUAGAUAAGUGUCGAUUCAGAAAAAAUAAGAUAUUCUUUUUGGAGAAAAGAAAAAAAAAAUAUAUAUAUAUAUUUAUUACAGUUUUUGAAGUGCUCAUGAUAAUUACUCAGAUUUAGGAUCAAUCAUGCCUUUUCCUCUUUUUUUUCUCCCUAUUUUCCAUCUCUCUUGGUGGGGUUGCUGUCGUUCAUAUUUGUUCCCCAGGCCCUUUUUUAAGCUCAAAAGAAACGCUAUUCUUUUUAAUUAUAGAUGGUAUUCCUUCUAGUUACAUGGUAUUUAAAAACAGCUGCUACAAAUGAAAUAGUUCCGUUGAAUGUAAAUUUUAUAUAUUGCUAAAAAAAAAGUUUGAAUUUUCAUAGGAUUUCCUGUUUUAAGAGUAUUACAUUUCUAAGGCAAACUGACUUUUCAGGUUCUCACUACAAGUGAAACUGUUAAGUAAUUUAUAUAUUUUGCUGAAAAUAUAGAGUUAUAAGAGGAAUUUUAAAAGGGAAAUGAACUGAAUUUGUUCAGGCAUCAGUAACCUUAAGUGUUAUGCCCUACAGCUCAGCCUAUUACUCUGUCUUACUGAUGGUGCCACAAAAUUGUGUAAUGAACCAGGCAAGUUGUUUUUGGUGUUCAUUUUAUAGUAAGUACAGGUGUUAUAUUUUUGUAAUUUGCCAUUUUUGUAUGACUUUGUGUGCAAAGAAAACUGAGCAAUAAGUUUUUUUGUAAGUACAGCAUGAGACAGAACUGUAGUGGUAUUUUUUAGAAAUGCAAAUACAAAUCUUUGCAGACUGAUAGUUUUAAUUA